UAGCGCAGCUGAAGUGAAUGCCGAACAAGUGCCAGCAAAAAUUCUCUCGCUCGAUACGAUGUCUUGAUAUAGGCGUGCUGGCUACACGGAUUGGCCGGCCUUCGGCAGUCUCUCCGCCUAAUAUCCGUCCAGCUCUCGCUCACAGAGUGGCCUAAGGACCCGGUGAAGUUCUAAGCAAUUCAACUUUUGGCUCAGAUAAGCAGAAAUGUGCUUUGCUCGUCGUCGGUCCAUAUUUCUCAAAAGCCUCGCAUUCUUCGCCGGGUCUUGGGUCCUCGGCUCGCUCUGCUUCGUGGCGCUGUCGCCCAACACGGCAGUCCUAUCGGACGUUCGCUCAUUUGAGUAUUUCGCCAGAAAAUCCCAAAAUUAUGUCCCCCCUGGACGAGAGAAAACGCGAACAGCAGUGCCACCGAUAUUGGGAGAGGUUCGACCAGAUGUCUCAAAGAUGCAGGACCACACCACCACCGUGCCUGCUUACGGGGAAAUGGGACGUCCUGUGUUGAUCAAGAACAUCAAUUCUACAGUCGAACAGAAGGAGAGAGAGGGUUGGAAACAGAACGCUUUCAACUCCUACGUAUCGGAUUUGAUAUCUGUCAAUCGUUCCCUGCCCGAUAUGCGGCACAUAGAAUGCCGAGAUCAAGUGUAUAGCUCGAAGUUGCCAUCAACGAGUAUCAUUGUUUGCUUCCACAACGAAGCCUGGAGCGUUCUGAUCCGCACCGUCCACUCGAUAUUGAAUCGUUCGCCUGCGCACCUUAUUCACGACAUCAUCCUGGUCGACGAUUUUUCGGAUCUCCAACUGCUGAAGGAUCCUUUGGAGAGGUACUUGUCAGCUUUUCCAAAGGUUCGCAUUGUGAGAGCUGAAAAACGCGAGGGGCUCAUUAGAGCUCGACUCCUCGGAGCUAGUCACUCCACUGCUCCCGUCCUCACUUUCCUAGAUUCUCAUGUGGAAUGCACGCAGGGAUGGCUCGAACCCCUCUUAGACAGGAUCGCUGUGAAUUCAACGAACGUAGUUUCUCCGGUAAUCGACAUCAUAGCCGACGACACUUUGGAAUACAACGCGAAAGAGAGCGCAGAUGUCAACGUGGGCGGCUUUGAUUGGAGUCUCCAGUUUUCCUGGCACUCUAUACCUGAAAGGAUUCUCAAGUCCGGUUACAAGCGAUGGCAGCCCGUCGAGACACCCACGAUGGCCGGUGGACUUUUCUCGAUAGAUCGAAAAUUCUUCGAGAGGUUAGGAAUGUACGAUCCGGGCUUCGACAUCUGGGGAGGAGAGAAUCUAGAGCUCUCGUUCAAGACAUGGAUGUGCGGAGGUCGCUUGGAAAUAAUUCCGUGCUCCCAUGUCGGUCACAUUUUCCGGAAACGAUCGCCCUACAAAUGGAGGUCGGGAGUGAACGUUCUGAGACGGAACUCCAUACGCUUGGCGAAAGUUUGGAUGGACGAAUACGCGAACUACUACUUCGAAAGACUCGGAAACGAUUUGGGAGAUUACGGGGACAUUAGCGACCGGAUAGCUCUGCGUGACAAGCUCAAGUGUCAUUCAUUCAAAUGGUACAUCGAUGAGGUAUAUCCAGAGUUGUUCGUGCCUGGGGACGCAAUCGGAUCAGGCGAGAUGCGGAACCUCGGGAGCGGGGGAAUGUGCUUGGACAGUCCGGCGGGAAAGAGCUCCCUGCACAAAGCAGUCGGGUUAUAUCCCUGUCAUGGUCAAGGAGGUAAUCAGUAUUGGCUGUAUUCGAAAAACGGGGAAAUCCGUCGAGAUGAAGCGUGUUUGGACUAUGCGGGAACGGAUGUCAUCCUCUAUCCUUGCCACGGUUCCAAGGGUAAUCAAUACUGGAUCUAUGACCAGCAAACGAAACUGCUCCGGCACGGGAGCAGCAGGAAGUGCCUGGAGAUGUCGCUUAGUAAAACUGAGCUGCUCGUGCGAGGUUGUGAUGAGGACAACAAUCGGCAGAAAUGGAAGUUCGGCAAAUACCGUGAAGAUGCCCCGAGUGUCUAG